GACAGGAAGAGACGAAGGCGAAGGUCAGGAAUUAAACAUGGCGGCCCGCAAUGUGUUGAGGUCUGUUUGGACCUCAUUUGCGGGCUUAAAAUUAGCCGGUACAGGGACCAGCGCGAGUGCCCUUCAAAGGAUAAAUGUUCCCCAGCUGUCUGCUUUAACCAUCCAGAGUAGAGGGAUCCGCCAAGUUGUGGAGAAGCAAGAGGGUAAAGCAAUAAUUGUUGAGGGACAAAUCGUGGACAUUCCACCAGGACCACAACCUCCAAACCCUUCAGCUAAAUGUCCCAUCUACAGGUGGAACCUGCAGCACAAAUACAAUUACACGGAUGUCUUGUUGCUCAGUCAGUUCAUCAGGUCAGAUGGAGGGAUGUUGCCAAGGAGAAUCACUGGUCUCUGCCCAGAGGAACAUCGCAAGAUUGCCAUCUGUGUGCAGAUGGCUCACAGAGCAGGUCUCCUCCCUGACCACAAACCCAAACUUCCAGAGGGCCAUGUCCCGAAGAGGCCCAAGCCACAACUUAACAGAUACCUGACUCGCUGGUCCAUUACAUCAGUGAAACCCAUCUAUAAAACUGGACUGAAGUGGUGUAAGAAGCGCAUGUCAGUUGGCGACCCAGUACUAAAGAACAAUGUGCGUUACGGUGUCAAGUCCCUUUACAUGAAACACUGAAGGAAACCAUAAAGCCUGAUAAAUCGGCAGAGCAACUGCAGGAGAGUAGACGGGCCCAUUAUGCAGGAUGCAGUGGGUUUCCACGCCCUUCAGCUACAUCUGCAGUUUACCCUGACUUUUGUCACACCACCUUGAGAAAAGGCCUAAAAGCUUCAUCCAUCUGUAUUUAUUCUACCUUUUGUUUAUUAAGCUUCGUCAUGCUUUUAAUAAAUCACGCUGAGCCCCACACAGAACCAUCCAUUUUGUCUCUGGGUUUUCAAAAAAGCCCUUGAUGUGAACUCACUGACAACUUAAUGUGAACAACAACCGGGUCAGUGUUACGCAUUCAAAGUAGGUGGUAUGUUGACUGUGUAUACUCAAGGCAACACAGAUGUGCAAAUAAAACGUCUGUUUACUCUG